AUGGAUACAUUUGGAGACCACCGAAACAACACUAACCUUAACCAAUCGAUCAGUGAGAAGAGGAGAGGAGUUGCGGGAGGGGGCAGUAGAGUGGGCUCUUCUCGGACGCGCGUGAAGCUGUCGACGGACCCGCAGAGCGUGGCGGCGCGGGCGCGGCGGCACCGCAUCAGCGACCGGUUCCGGACCCUCCGGAGCCUCGUCCCCGGCGGCACCAAGUUGGACACCGUGUCCAUGCUGGAUGAGGCCAUCCACUACGUCAAGUUCCUCGAGGCGCAACUGUGGCUCCUCCGCCAAGUCGAGCUAUCCCUUCCAGCAGAUUUUGCCGCCGCGCAGAUGAGUGGCGAUUUCGAUAACAAUCAUGAGUUUGAGAUGACGCAGCAGCUGUUCUGCGAUUCGGUGCAACUGCAGCCGCCGCCGCCGUCGCCGUCGCCGUCGCCGUCGCUCCCGCCUUUGCCGACUUGCUUUAUACAAGGAGAGGAGGAGAUGAUCUUGGAUCUUAUAGAGAGGAAACAUGGACAUGCAGCUGAGCAACAUGGACGGCGGGGCGAAGGCGGCGUGCGGCGAGCUGUGCGCGCUGCCGGGCGGGGCGGGGCGGGCGAUGACCGGCGCGGCGGGGUUAGGGGGAAGGUAGGGGAGAAGGUGAAGGAGGGGGCAACGGUGGGGCGGCACCUGGCGCGGCGGCUGGUGCAGGUGGGGGUGCGGGAGGUGUUCGCGGUGCCGGGGGACUUCAACCUGACGCUGCUGGACGAGCUGGAGGCGGAGGAGGGGCUGGGGCUGGUGGGGUGCUGCGGGGAGCUGAACGCGGGGUACGCGGCGGACGGGUACGCGCGGGCGCGCGGAGGGGUGGGGGCGUGCGCAGUGACGUUCACGGUGGGCGGGCUCAGCGUGAUCAACGCCGUGGCCGGCGCCUACAGCGAGAACCUCCCCGUCGUCUGCAUCGUCGGCGGGCCCAACUCCAACGACUACGGCACCGCCCGCAUCCUCCACCACACCAUCGGCCUCCCCGACUUCUCCCAGGAGCUCCGCUGCUUCCAGACCGUCACCUGCUGCCAGGCUGUAAUAACUAAUCUGGAAGAUGCCCACGAGUUGAUCGACACCGCAAUUUCGACGGCUUUGAAGGAGAGCAAGCCUGUUUAUAUCAGCAUCAGCUGCAAUCUGCCCGGUAUCCCCCAUCCCACCUUUAGCCGCGAGCCCGUGCCGUUCUUCCUCACUCCAAGACUGAGCAACCAGAUGGGGCUCGAGGCGGCGGUGGAGGCGGCGGCCGAAUUCCUAAACAAGGUAGUAAAGCCAGUCAUGGUCGGCGGGCCGAAGAUCCGCGUGGCGAAGGCGGGAAAGGCAUUCGUAGAGCUCGCUGAUGCUUGCGGCUAUCCAAUAGCCGUAAUGCCGUCGGCGAAAGGUCUCGUGCCGGAGCACCACCAGCAGUUCAUCGGCACCUACUGGGGCGCCGUCAGCACCGCCUUCUGCGCCGAGAUCGUCGAGUCUGCCGAUGCCUACCUCAUUGUAGGCCCCAUCUUCAACGACUACAGCUCCGUCGGCUACUCUCUCCUCCUCAAGAAGGAGAAAUCAAUUGUCGUGCAGCCAGACCGGGUCGUCAUCGGAAACGGGCCUGCGUUUGGCUGCAUUCUGAUGAAGGACUUCCUCCGCGCGCUCGCCAAGCGGCUUAAACGCAACACUACCGCUCACGACAACUACCGCAGGAUCUUCGUGCCCAACGGGGUCCCCCUCGAGUGCAAGCCCGAUGAGCCGCUGCGAGUUAACGUGUUAUUCAAGCACAUACAGAACUUGCUGUCGAGCGAGACCGCAGUGAUUGCCGAGACCGGCGAUGCAUGGUUCAACUGCCAGAAGCUCAAACUACCGGAGGGCUGCGGAUAUGAGUUCCAGAUGCAGUAUGGUUCGAUCGGGUGGUCGGUCGGGGCGACUCUGGGAUACGCCCAGGCAGCGAAGGACAAGCGUGUCAUCGCCUGCAUCGGUGACGGGAGCUUUCAGGUGACAGCGCAGGAUGUGUCGACAAUGCUGCGGUGCGGGCAGAAGACCAUCAUCUUCCUCAUAAACAACGGGGGAUACACCAUCGAGAUUGAGAUCCACGACGGCCCCUAUAAUAUCAUCAAGAACUGGAACUACACCGCGUUUGUGGACGCCCUCCACAACGGCGAGGGCAAAUGCUGGACUGCAAAGGCUCGAACUGAGGAGGAGCUGAAGCAGGCGAUUGCGACGGCGACGGGCCCGAAGAAGGACUGCUUGUGCUUCAUAGAAGUAAUUGUGCACAAGGAUGAUACCAGCAAGGAGCUUCUGGAGUGGGGCUCAAGGGUUUCUGCUGCCAACAGCAGGCCACCGAAUCCGCAGUAAUCUAAUUUCUGGAAAAUUUGUGUUUCUGAAACAGACUUUCUGAUUGCAUCUGCCUUGUAAUUCAUGUCUAGUUUCUCUAUCUCUCUAUCUGUGAGCACACUGUAGAAUCAUAGAUUGGUGCUUCUGUGCUUUAUAAUUUUGUUUUGGGAGUCAUAAAUAAGUAAAAGCACUGUUGGAAAAGUAUUACCAUUACGGAAUUUUGCA